AUGGAGUAUAAAAAUCUGAAAAAACGGCAACUGGUGAACGAGACUGAUUCGGAAAGCUGUGAUGAAAAUGAAUCAUAUAUAAACACAGCAUACAGAAGAAAAAGGCGAUUAAAUGUACCAAGUAUAUCAGAAUCUGAAGAAACUGAUGAUGUUAACGUACAAAGUACCAACCCGUCAAAUAUUACAUGGACUUCGAAAAAAUUUAAGCCAAUAAUUCAUGAUUUUACACAACAGCAAUCGGGUAUUCAAACAAAUAUAAGUUCUUCUUGGGAAUUUCUGCAAUACUUCCAAUUAUUUGUAUCUGAAGAAUUGGUAGAAUUCAUUGUUGAAAAAACAAACAACUAUUGGAGACAAAUAAAUCCUAAUGAUCUUACAGCUGGAACAGACCUGGAUGAACUAUAUUGUUUUUUUGCUGUUUCGCUACUGAUGACAAGGAAUACAAAGUUAUCACUGGAUGAAUAUUGGAGCAAAAAUAGAUUGUUGCGAAGUGACAUAUUUGGGGAGAUAACAAGCAGAGAUCGCUACAAAUUAUUACUAAGAAUGUUACAUUUUGCUGAUGAUCAUGAAUCUAAUUCUGAUCGUUUAUGGAGAAUACGUGAAGUAAUCAAUAGGUUACGAAGAUCAUUUAGCGAUGCAUUCUAUCCAUACCAAAACCUUUUUAUAGAUGAAAGUCUCCUUCUAUAUAAAGGCAGACUAUCUUUUAAACAAUUUAUCCCAUCAAAGAGGAAUAGAUUUGGAAUAAAAUCCUUUGUCCUUUGCGAUUGUAAAACAGGAUAUGUACAAGACUUUAUCUUUUACAGUGGAUCUGGUACUAUAAGUCCCCAAUAUGCAGAUAUUGGAAUAUCGGGAAAUAUUGUUAUGUCACUUAUGGAACCUUACUUACAUAAAGGACAUACGCUGUAUGUGGACAAUUGGUACACAAGUCCAGCGUUAUUUAACUGUUUGCAUAUGAAUGCUACAAAUGCGUGUGGUACUGUAAGGAAAAGGAGACACGGAAUGUCAAGAAUUGAGAAAAAGCUAAAAGAAGGAGAAGUGAUUUUUCUCUCAUCUGACAACUUAUUAGCAAUGAAAUGGAAGGAUAAGAAAGACGUUUACAUGUUAUCCACUAUGCACACAGAGGAGUUCGUGAGCAUGCCAAAACAUUCUAGAAAGGAAGAAAUGGUACAGAAACCAUCUUGCGUAUGCGAUUACAACAAAUUCAUGGGAAUAGUUGACAAAACCGAUAUGGUAAUAAGCACAAUUGGGUCAAUGUGCAAGAGUAUGAAAUGGUUCAAGAAAUAUUUUUUUCAUAUGAUAGAUCUGUGCCUGUGGAAUGCCUGUUGUUUAUAUAAAUUGAAAACCGGUGCACCUAUAUCCAUGGCACAAUUCUAUCUAAAGUUAAUCGAGCAAAUACUGACAAAAUAUCACAAGACGAGGACGAGACAUUCUACAAACUGUGGUAGUAAUAACGAAUUAAGACUCAUCGGAAAACACUUUCCUACUCCGUAUACAUCUUCAGGGAAAAAUAAACUACGAAGAUGCGUUGUUUGCAGCAAAAAUAAUAAGAGACGUGAAUCACGUUAUCAGUGCGAUGAAUGUGACGUUGGAUUGUGUGUGUAUCCCUGUUUUAAAAUUUACCAUACUCAAACAUAUUACUAA